AUGGAGAAGUUCCCCGAGUUCCUGCUGCUGAGCGUGCUCGGUGUUCUGGUGGCUCUGAGCGGCGCUCAGCACCACCUCGCGAGCGCAAGGGCCGGCCCCUGGAGGCAGAGGUUCCAGUGGGAGAGCAACGGCCGUGUGUACAGUUUGCUGAGCACCGGGACCCAGUACAGACCUGUGGCGCAGUCCAGAAGACGGACCCAACUGCUGUUGACCGCCAAAAACACCCACUCGCCUUCCACAAGUGUGGAUCUCAGCGAGCCCGCUCGACCGGAGGCUGCGGUUCUGAGGGACCAAGCGUGGUCGCCGAGCAGAGGAGCCAGCCAGGAGUUCUCCGGCGGAGAGCGGAGCGCAUCCGGGGACGACACUGGCGCACCGACGGAUGCGCCGUCUGUGGACUUUACGCAGAAACCGCUGGGACGCUUGGAUUCCACUCCACAGCCCACAUCCGGACGGGUAGCGGUGCAUCACGAUGAUGACGAUGCGGGUCGCAUUGAAACGCCAAAUGUGGACCACAGACCAGUUGGAGCGGAACCGGCACCGCCCUCAAGACUGUCCAGCAACGUCGUGGAGGUACAUUACUCUCAACAGAGGACGGAUCCUGAUCCUGAUGGGAGUAACCCACGGGAUCCGCAAAGUAUCCAUCACAGGAACUCUGUUUUUUAUAACGUCUACCCACCGGACCAAAGGAACAGAGUCCCUGCAAGACCAGUUCUACCAGGACUGGGCCAUGGCACCAGGUUAUUCUAUAAUGGUCUGCCGGACCUGAUUCCCGACCCGUACCACAUCCAAGCUGCAUCUUACAUCCAGAGAGUGCAGAUGUACGCCCUACGCUGCGCUGCUGAGGAGAAGUGCCUGUCCAGGUCUGCAUACCACCCCAGCGUGAGCGAGUUGGACUACAGGGUUCUUUUGAGAUUCCCCCAACGUGUGAAGAACCAAGGAACAGCAGACUUCCUCCCAAUGAAGCCCAGGCACCAGUGGGAAUGGCACAGCUGUCAUCAGCACUACCACAGCAUGGAGGCCUUCAGCAACUACGACCUGCUGGAUCCUUCCACCGGACGUAAAGUAUCCGAAGGACACAAGGCCAGCUUCUGUCUGGAGGACACAUCAUGUGACCGUGGAGUACGAAGACGCUUUGCCUGCACCGCUCAUACACAGGGUCUUAGUCCGGGUUGCUACGAUAUCUACCACGCUAACAUCGACUGCCAGUGGAUCGACAUCACCGAUGUGCCACCGGGGAACUACACGCUCCAGGUGACGGUGAACCCCAAUCGGCUGGUUCAGGAGUCGGACUUCUCCAACAACGUGGCUCAGUGUGACAUCCGCUACACGGGAAGCCACGUGCAAGCCGCCAACUGCAGAAUCACCAAAAGCUGACCUGAUGGAUGUCACAUGAUCUUCACGCUGGGGCGUCAAUUCCUUUCACGUCAUUCACGCAACCAUCCUGGGAACAUUUCAUCUCAAGAUUUUAUUUCUUUCUGUAAACAAACAGUUUGCCCUUGUUUGCCCUUGAGGUGUAAUAGUCAACAAAAAGUAAGCAUGCAUUAUUUAAACAUUUUCUCUUUUUUUAUUGUUUUUUUAAAAACUUGUGACUGUGUGUAUUUGUGAAAGUGUAUUUGGAUGUAUG